AUGGGGUUUGAUCAUAUCAGUGGAUUUUGUCGAGAAGAAACUACAAUUGGGCUGCAAGAGGUGGUUCUGAAAGAGGAGGAGGGAACUCUGGAACCUCCAUUGAAUAGGAAAGGAAAGAAGAAGGUUGUUCCCAUAAUCUACAACUCGUCCAUUUGGGAGAUGGACCAAAUUGACAACAAAUUCUGGAGCUUAGGAAUGCUCCAGAAAUACGAUGAGUUUUGGGGCGUCAACAACAUUCUGGGACUAUACUGGCAUCGGCUUUCCCUUGUGAGAGAGUCUACUGUUAACAGCGUUGCAUCUGGUUCCGGUGUUGGAGGAGCAUCAACUGAACCACCGAACGUUGACAUUGCCUCCGAACCAGUAGCACGACCGUCGAGUGCUGCCAAUGUCUACUCUGCACCAGAUCCCAUAGUACAACCGUCAGGUGAUGCCAAUAUCUACUCUGCACCAGAUCCCAUAGCACAACCGUCGGGUACUGCUAAUGUCUACUCUCCAUCACCCCCGCGUUUUCGAGAGGAAAUUGCUCCAGCAGCAGCACCGCCACCUACUGGUGGUAGUUCGGAAGAGACCUUACCAUGUUGGAUGCACUGUCUGUUGGAGCCUAGUGGGAUGGUACUGAAGGUUGCUUCAGGCCACAUUGUGAAGGAGAAAUAUUUGAAAGAUGGAAAGUUUUCCAUUAACAUGGAAGAAUACCUACACAAAGAUUAUCGUCGGGUAUAUAUCGAAGAAGCCAAUAUGGAGAAUGCACUGCUCCCGUGUCCCUUAGUCGACGAUUCAUUGAUGACAGUAGGUCAAGCUGUAAAUGGUCAUGUGGCAUGGCCAAAAGACUAUCUUACAGCUGUUGGGAAAUAUUUGACACAACCACCCACCAAGAAACUUCAGAAGCAACCCGUGAAGAAAAGCUCUGAAGAUUUACUCGGUCCUCCAACACAGCCUCUAAAACACCCUGGGAGGCCGAGUAAGGCAAAAGUUAAUGCAAAGUAUGCCCAACCACGCCAAACUUCUUCCAUUAUUGCAUUUUGGAACUUCGUCAAAAGGUGGCCCAAGUCAUCCAUGCUCCAAUUCCAAGUCCAGAAUGAGCUAUUUGGGGUCGCAGAUGACUCUAUUUGGCUUGCUAAGAGUGACAUUCAAGAAUUGUGCACCAUGCAAUACUUGGGAGCCCAACAAAUAGGAGUUUGGUGCAAGUAUGAUUUAUAACUCUUAAUAAUAAACUCGCUAAUGUUCA